GCUGAUAAUCCCUAAAUUUUUUUUUACUACGGCUUUCAGCUCAAGUUGGUUUGGCCUAUAUUAGCUGCAGCUCGAAUUUUGAGUGCUAGCCUUAAACUACUCGGCCCCAUCGUCAAUCCUUCCUCAACACAUUCAAAAUGAUUUCGCCUUUUCAUCAACUGAAGAAACCGGCUGACCAGCAAAACGCAAUGAGAAAAUACCCUCAGUUCAAUCCUAAUCUUGUACCAGGUAGAACGAUUGCUGCUGCCGCCGCUGCAGCAAAUGAGGAUAGCUGUGAAUUCGGCUCUCCGAAAUACUUCGCCCUCUGCGGUUUGGGCGGCAUCAUAUCGUGCGGUUUAACUCACACCAUGGUUACACCUCUGGAUUUGGUCAAGUGCCGGCUUCAAGUAAACCCAGCAAAGUACAAGAACUUAAUCAACGGCUUCAAAGUUACCAUGGCCGAUGAAGGUGUUAGGGGGUUGGCUAAGGGCUGGGCGCCUACCGCCAUUGGUUAUUCCAUUCAGGGCUUGGGAAAGUUUGGACUGUACGAAUAUUUUAAAAUUUUGUACGGCAACAUUAUUGGUGAAGAAAACUCCUACUACUGGCGGACAUCACUUUACUUAGCAGCUUCGGCGUCAGCAGAACUUUUUGCAGACAUCGGUCUUGUGCCUCUCGAGUCCAUUAAAGUCAAAAUUCAAACUACUCCGGGUUUCGCAAAUAACAUGCGUGAAGCUGUUCCGAAAAUGAUUCAACAAGAAGGUGUGUCUGCAUUCUUUAAGAGUUUGGUACCACUAUGGAUGCGGCAAAUUCCAUACACCAUGAUGAAGUUUGCUUGUUUCGAAAGAACCGUCGAAUUAAUUUACAUGCAUGUUGUGCCCAAGCCCCGAGCCGAGUGUACCAAAGGAGAACAGCUGGUAGUUACCUUCGCUGCUGGUUACAUUGCAGGAGUAUUUUGUGCUGUUGUUUCUCAUCCUGCCGACACACUUGUGUCAAAAUUGAACCAAGAAAAAGGCGCUUCCUCUGUCGACGUACUGAAGAAAAUUGGAUUUGGUGGUUUGUGGAAAGGUUUGGGCCCUAGGAUUAUUAUGAUUGGUACCUUGACAGCUUUGCAAUGGUUCAUAUACGAUUUUGUGAAAGUCUCUUUGAACAUUCCUCGCCCACCACCACCCGCACCGCCCAAGGGAAAGAGUGAAUAGGUUAUUACAAAAUAUAGUGUGAUUAUUUUGAGAAUUUAAAAUUAUUAGCCUUAUUCAAAUGAACAAAUUUUACAUUUGCCUGGACUAAGACUAAUAGCUUUGAAUUUGUAUUAAUGCAGCCGUCAAUAUUAAAUUGCUUUUAAAAAUCUUGUUUGAACACUAGACGCUUGAAUCAUCAUUCCGAUCAAAACCAGCACCUCAUUUAAAUGUAUUUAUUAAUUUUAGAAGUUUCAAAUAACUAUCAGUUUGUAUUAUGUAUUAUUGUGUAUUCAAUGUUUUUUUUUUGCUUCAUAAAGUUACUUAUGUUAUCAUUUUUGUUAAACAAAGUCGCUUAAAAUCUAGUAUUUACAUAUACACUUAGUAUGUCUGUAUGUAGUUGUUAAAUAUUUAAUGUAUGUUACCAAAAUUAUUACCCAAAGAAAACUAAUUUUCAACAAUUAUCACAGUAGUCUUAUAGAAAUAAACCAUAGUUUUAGGUGUGUUAUAAAUAGAUUGAAAUACUUGGCACGUCUCCUCAAAUAUACUUUAAUUUAUAUGUUGUAGUUUGUUAAGCAUUUCAAUACUUAUGUAGAACAAGUAUCACUUAAAAUUGUAUUACAAUGUGUGUACUUUAUAUUUAAGUAUCAACAGUCAAUAAUUGUUUUUAGUUUGUUUUUUU